GUCAUUAAGCACUGUUGAGGUAAAAAGAAUGAUGAAGUUCGAUCGUGAGGAGUUCUUUGGCAACCCAGUCCAGAGUUUUGACUGUCCUCCUCCUAAUUUCGAUAAAAUAUCAGAGAGAGGAUGGCUGUUAUUGGCAAAAGCAAUCGUCUCAGACUCUUCAGGCCUUGGAAAAUACAUAAACUAUGCGAAAAAAUGGAAGAAGAAGGAAGAAGAAUGGAGUGCCAAUGUCUUGUUCGGGAAUGUGAAGGAAUCCUUUUCGAGGAGGAAAUAUAUUGGCUCCAAAUAAAACAAAAGUCAUUCAUACCAAGAAGGCUAAUUUAAGCACGACAGGCUCAUUUAAGCCGUAUGGGGUGGAUUUAUUUGUAUAGGAAUGAGAGUGAGAAAUUUAAUACAAUCUCCGGAACUUUUCAUGCUGGCAAGAAAAAUAACCUCAACCAGAAAUUGAAAUAAUGUUUCUGUGGUAAAUACCCCCUUGAGGAGACAGGAAGCUUCAGAAGAUCUUAACAGGUCCACUAAAUAUGUUGAAGCCCUUCAUAAUCAAAGUGUUGGAGGAGUGGUGCUCAAUGAGCAAGACUUAGUUGUAGAACAAAGAAGACGGCCAAAGAGAAAGUUGUUAAAAAGAGUUAUCAAUACGAGUGGGCGCAAGAUGAUUCAAACUGCUGCUGAUUCAAAGAGAACAAAAAGCAGACCUCUCAAUAACACUCGUCAAAAUGCUGCAGUUUCUAGUAUCAUCAGAAGGCGUAAAAGAGGCACAAAAGGAUCUCAAAAUCUCACUAAUUAUACAAUUAAUGCAAGAAAUCCUUCUAAGAAUAGGAAAGAGAACAAGCUCGUUAAACAGAUAAAGGGAUUUCAGUACAUAAAGAACCAAAAGACCAUUGAUAAGACUAAGAGCCAGACUUCACUGGGCAAGAAAAAGAGGAGCUACACAGAAGAUUUCGGGGAUGAUCAGAAGAAUAUCAUUGCAAGUUUGAACAAGCAUAUCGCCAAUGCUCGAAAGAAGAGGAUGAACCUUAAAACUAAAAAUAAUGCUGCAAGAACAAGCCCUAAGAUAAUUUACGGAACAUCAAGUCCAAACACCAAAACCAUAUUGGCAAUAAGCAGCCCCAAUGCAAAAAGAGCUGAGAAGGAAUCAGGAGGAAAGAUUAAAGAAUUAUAG